AUGUUCAACCCAGCCCAGUUCGAAGCUUACAAAAACAUGAUGAACGGCUCAAACAUGAAGCAAAGCGCUGAUAUGAUGUCGAAGAUGACUGACGACCAGCUCAGACAAUACCUGUCAAUGGCUGGGAUGGGGAAUAUGGAUCCAUCAUUCUUUAGGUUGUGCGCCCUUUUUUAUUGGAAUUUUCCUAGUAUCACAUUUCCUCGGGAUUUUUCGGUGAAACUUUUUCCUCAUUAAUAUUUACUCAGAAAAUAAUUAAAAAUUCAUCAAAAACUCUACAGAGGAAAAAAAUUUUCGACAAAUUUCAUACAAAAAUGUUCCGAUCAAAUUACAUUCAGCCCUCUUUAGGACUGCAGCAGCAAGUAUGUCAAAGAUGGACGAAUCCACCUUGGAAAACAUGAAAAACAACGUCCCAGCUGGUCGAUUUCCUCAACAAUCCCCUCCACCACAGCCUGAGCCUCCAACUGCAACAGUGGUUGAAGCAACAGAAAUAAAGAACCAAGGAAACACAUAUUUUAAUCAAGGAAAAUACAAAGAAGCCAUUGACCGAUACGAGGAAGCUUUAAGAAAGCUGCAAAAAGAGCCACUUUCAGAGUCAGCAAAAACCUUAGAAAUUUCUUGCAGAAUGAAUUUAGCCAACUGUUUAGCCAAAUUUGAGGAUUAUGACCAAAUAAUCGAACAGUGCAAAAAGGUCUUGAUUUUUGGAGGAAAUGCAAAGGCUUAUUACAGAUAUGGACAGGCUUUAAUGAAAAAAGGAGAAUUAAAAGAAGCUAAAACGAAACUAGAAGAAGCUAAAAAACUGUCACCAAGUGACGAAAACAGUAAGAUUUACAUUAGUUACAAAGUUAUUAGAGGAGGUCAGAGCUGCUUCACUUGAAGCUUCACCGAAGAAAAAUUCUCCGAAAAUCGAAGAAAUUGACGAACCAGUGAAAAAAGAAGACCCAAAGCCAACUGGACAGCUGAGCAAUAAAGAAAAAAAUCGAGGGAUCGAGCUUAAUGAAAAACUUCUCCAAGAAGAAACAAAAAAUCCACCAAAAGAAGAAAAAGUUCCACAAAAAGAAGAAAAAGCUCCACAAAAGAAAAUUAUCAUUGAAGAGCAAACGGAAGAACCUCCAAAGCAGCCUGCUCCGGCUAUAAACACUCCUAUAGUUCCUCCAGGAAAUAUGAAUAGUGAAAUGAUGAAUAAAGGCAUGGAAACUUUAAAAAACAUGAGCCCUGAAGAUUUGGAGAGGAUGACAUCUUCUAUUAAGAACAUGGAUCCGAAGUUCAUGGAAAGCAUGAUGAAGAGCCAAGGAUUAAACGUUUCGUCUGAACAAAUACAAAAUAUGACUAACUCUAUAAUUAUUUAUUUUUAAAAUAAUUUAAUAAAGAAGAUUAAUUUUGUCCCAUUAUCAUUAAUUUUGCUUUUAGCCAAUAUAGAGUAAGAUGAUGAGCCCUGAAACCAUCAAAAUGAUGUCACAAAUGAUGGGAUCGGGAGGAUUCCCUACUGCUGCUCCACAACAGCCUGGCUCAGCAGCAGCAGAAGCAAACCCUGGCAUGCCGCAAAUAAACGCAAACAUGGUCCAAACCAUGCUAAACAACCCUGAAAUGAAAAACAUGAUGGGCCAAAUGCUUGGCACCCAAUUCGGCAGAAGUCCAGCCGAAAUGGAAACAGUGAUCGACUGCGUCAGCAAGUGCAUGAAUUUUGUUAUGAAAUUUGUAAACGCAUACAGAUUUUGCAUGGGCGGAAACAGAAAAUACAUAUCAAGUGCAGCUUUAGUAGGGCUGUUUUCUUACUGGAUGGGGUGGAUUAAUAUAUAA